CAACCAUUUUUAUCUUUUUUUCAUCCAUUUGCUGCAUGUGUUGGAGAAAUGGGCCAGGUGCACUUUGUUAGGGGGUGUCUUUCCUUUUCAAUCGCUUUUGGGGUUUGUCUUGAAUUAAAGGCUUUUAAUACGUGGGUGCUGAUGGAAUUGAUGAACUCCCAGGUAUCGAUAAAGGUGAAUUGGAAGAAACUUGAACUAAUGCAAAUGAUGGUGAGGCAGAAGUUGAAAUAGAUGGGUAGGGACAUUCCAACUGAUCUUCGGAAAAACUUGUUUCUGACCCUUGACUGUAUGCUCCAGGUGAAAUGUCCACAUUGCUGUGAGUAGGCAAAUUUGAAGUUUUCUCGUGAAGAAAGCACAUGACUUCAAAAUAUUUGCAUACAGGGAGAUAUGCUGCAGCAGCUUUUGAUCUUGCCAUGGGUCUUCUCUUGUCAAACCUUUUUUUAAGGGAAUCUUUCAAAUUUUUAAAUGUUUUCUGCAAAAAAGGAACUAAAAAAUAAAAACAGAAAAAUAAUGAUAUUUUGAAUUCAUCAUUUGUUUAUGUUUUGGGACCUUUCAUUCUGUUUAUGUUCAUGUUUUUUUCAGUUCAGUUUAGGGAUCUUUCAUUUUUAAGUCCCAUAGGGACCAGAGGAAUUUUUUUGAAAAACAAUCUUUAUGUGACAACCCCCUUUUUAUUCAUAUGAGAAUAAAAUGAACCAUCCCAAGGUAAAAGUAUUGAGACUCAAAAACGGGUCAGUAGAAUUGAUCAGUUGCUCUCUGUGGUUCUCAUCAAAAAGUCAAAUCAAAAGCAACAAACUAAAAAUCAGGAGAAAGAGAGAUAAUAACAGAAAGGCAAUUAUGGGGUUCAAAAAACAAUUGAGAUCUAAUUCUUUAGAAAUGCUGAAAAGCUUAGUUCUGUUGGGAAAUCUAGAACAAUUAUAUUCUAGUAUUCUAGAACAACUUACUUUGUAUUCUAGAUAAUUCCAUUCUAGAAACUAUAAGAACAAUUUUAUAAAAACACCAGCCUCAAAACUGGUCAAAAGUCAAGAACAAAUUAAGAACAAGCUGAGGCUUAGCUUCUGCAAAAUGCAAUUUUGAACAACGUUUUUGCUCAAAAUCGAGGAUUUUUAGCAAUGUGUGGGUGCUUUUUCGGUGAAUAUUCCAAUUUUACAAUCCAGCCUCAGAUUUUCGAAAAAAUUAAAAACAAUCAGCCUGAACUUAAAUUUACUGGUUCUUAUAAAAAAAAUGUAUCGUUGCAAUUUGCUUAGUUAUGCGUUUAUGUUUAAUUUUACUAUCAUUAGCUAACCUACUGCACUAGACAUUCGAGAACUUUGGCCUAUCAGCAUGAAGUUGUUGUUAUAACAUCGUUUUCCUUACUGCCUCAUUGUUAGCCGGUUGCUCUGGAAUUAUCUGGAAAUUAGUUUAUUUAUGUAAUCAUUGCUAAUUUCAUAUUCUAGUAAUUAUGAUUCAGCAUCCUAGAAAUUUCUAUCGUAAACGUAUAUAUAUACGCACAAAAUAGUAGUUGCAGGAGAAUAAGACUUGAAUGAGAAAUUUACAUUAAAAUUCUGCGAGUUUUAUUUAGGGCUGAUUUAUAUGUCGCGCUUAUCUCGCACCGAAUGAAAUACUUUGCCUCUUCAAAAUCUAAGUAUCGAUUAGAUUCAACAUUAGCACGGCGUAUAAAUCCAAUUUGCAAUUUAGCUCGAUACAAAUGCUAGGUGCGACUCAAGUUCGUCAUGGUCAGCCGUGCUACACGACCAAAGCGCGAGUUGGCUUUAGACGUCGCGCUUUUGAUGACUUGAAUCAAAUAGUGUUUUUUCCAGUCCGUCAAAUACAUUAGUUGCGCAAGCGCAGUGGUGCUAAGUUUUUGUUGGCGCCAAAGUAUAGUUGGGUUGUUCUUGCUUCUUGUAUUCAUCUCUGAAGGAAAAUGGCAGAAACAGACGUGUAUGUAAGCAAUAGCGUGGAUUGCGGCAGCGAAAGUGAGGAAGCUGGCGUGGAAUCCGAAAUUUUUAAUGAGGACGAAAGAGGGAGUUUUGGGUCAGAAAGUGAAGCGGAAGAGGCAUGUAAUGUGUUGUUUGAAAAGCGAAAGAAAAAGGCCGGGAAGAAGUCAUCGUGGCCAAUGGACAUAACAAACGACCUAGUGGACGUUAUCUGCGAUAAUGAGUAUUUUCGCAAAAAACUGAUUUUUACAAACACAAAGACUAGCAAGAACGGAGAAAUUUAUUUGAAGGUAAUCAAAGAGGUGGAGAAACGUUGCCAGGCUAGGAGACAAGAAUACAAGUUCAGCCUUGUCCAAACUAGAAAUAAGUUCAAGAAGUGCGUGAGUGAGUGCAAGAAGGCUGCCUUAACCUGCAAAUCUGCAUCUGGCAUAAAGCGAUUUCAGGAGGACAGGGACUAUGGAAAAUGGUUUAAUCAACUGCUGCCUCUUGUCAAGUCCAGAGAAUCUUGUCAGCCAGAGCAGGCCAUUGAACCAUCAACUUGUUCACAUGACAGUCAAGAAGAAAGUCCAACCUCAACUGAAGUGAAUCAUGUAAAUGAAGAGGGGGGCUACAACAACAAUGAGUUUGGCCAAGGUCCUUCACCAGAGACCUCCUCAGGAACUUCAACUCCCACAAGAGCAAAUCUUCCUUCAAAGAAGAGGCCAUUUGUUCCCAUCAAAAAGGCAGCUGGAAAAAAGGAAAAGCUUGAUAAUCUGGUAAAAAUAACAUCAAAAGCAAUCCUUGAGGUCACUGAGCAGCUAAAAAAGGACCCAAUGGCUGACAUGCUAGCAUUUCUUGAGAGAGAGAAUCAAAGAUCAAGAGAACAUGAAAUGAGAUUACUCACAAUGAUGUUCAAUGGAAAUCAAGCACAGCAGCAAUUCCAACCACCAGUUCCACAGCCUCCUUCUUAUCAACAUUUCCCCCAAAACAUGCAGCAGUCAUACAGUAUGGAUCCAAGACAACAAUUUCGACAAGCAUUUACUCCACAAGAUAAUUAUCCUCCAAGGAAUCAAAACUUUGAACAUCAAUCCCAGUCAGAUGAUUUAUUUCAGCUAUAAACAUUUAGAAUCACAUCAUAUUUCAGUUUCAUAUUUCAGUUUCAGUUUCCAUUCAUCUAUCAAUUAAUCCUAAAUCCAAUCUACAAGUAAUUACAUAAGAAACAUUAUUUAAUACAAACUACAAUGUACAACAUAAGAACAUAAGUAGUGUAUAAAUAGUGUCAAAGUGGCUCCAGAAAUCACAAUUGUCAAGAAUUAUAAUUGAAACUUUGUCAGUUUUCCAAAGCUGAUGCAGCUUACUCUCCAUCCCCUAAUAGUAGGGGGGACUUAUUAAAAAGAGGCAGUUGGAAAUUUGCCCAGGAUAAAUAAUUGUGGAGGGUGUUAAUAAAUGGAAAUGGGUUGAUUUUGUCAUGCAGCGCUUAAAUAGGGGUGUGAUGUUAAUAGUUGGGGGGUAACAUUAACUUUUUUACAUUUUGUUGAAAAGAUAUUUCGAUACUAAAAGAUACUAUACCAAUUCAUAUAACAAGGAGGAAAAAUGUAAACGACCUAUCAGCGUUCUGCUCUCAAAUGGGGUAAAAGCCAAUCAGU